GACGACGACGACGACGAAGGCAAGAAAAAACAGUUGAAAAUAUACCCGCAAAAUGAGAUGCUGCAUCUUCAUGGCUGCCGUCGCCCUGGCUGCAACGGGGCUGGUAAGUGGCGGUUAUCACGAGAAGCAGCUGCUAAACGACCUCCUGGACUCUUACAACGUGCUGGAGCGGCCUGUCGGCAACGAGUCCGAGCCACUUCAGUUGAGCUUCGGUCUUACCCUUAUGCAAAUUAUCGACGUUGAUGAGAAAAACCAGCUACUGAUCACCAAUCUUUGGCUAAAAUUGGAAUGGAACGACGUGAACAUGAGGUGGAACGUGUCCAAGUACGGCGGCGUUCGGGACCUGCGGAUUCCUCCUCAUCGUCUCUGGAAGCCGGACGUCCUGAUGUACAACAGUGCGGACGAGGGCUUUGACGGUACUUAUCCGACGAACGUUGUCGUCAAGAGCAACGGCACCUGCCUCUACGUACCUCCAGGUAUAUUUAAAAGUACCUGCAAGAUAGACAUCACGUGGUUUCCCUUCGACGAUCAACGAUGCGAGAUGAAAUUUGGCUCAUGGACCUACGACGGUUUCCAGCUGGACCUGCAAAUCCAGGACGAGGCUGGGGGUGACAUAAGCAGCUUCAUCACGAACGGGGAAUGGGACCUUCUCGGUGUACCUGGAAAGAGGAAUGAGAUAUACUACAACUGCUGCCCGGAGCCGUACAUAGACAUCACAUUUGUUGUUAUAAUAAGGAGACGCACCCUCUACUACUUUUUCAAUCUAAUCGUGCCCUGCGUUCUGAUCGCCAGCAUGGCCGUUCUCGGCUUCACCCUGCCUCCCGACUCCGGGGAGAAACUUUCUCUGGGUGAGAAUACGUUACAUAAUAUUAUGUCUACUGUAACGUUAUUUUCUGCGGUUACUAAUCACUCAGAGUCCAUUAACCGUUAUCCUAUACCCAAUCGAUUUACAGGCGUCACCAUUUUGCUGUCUCUCACCGUCUUCCUCAACAUGGUAGCGGAAACAAUGCCCGCCACUUCCGACGCUGUCCCCUUGUUAGGGACAUAUUUCAACUGCAUUAUGUUCAUGGUCGCCAGUAGCGUCGUGAGUACGAUUCUGAUCCUGAAUUAUCAUCACCGGAACUCCGACACUCACGAGAUGUCCGAAUGGGUGCGAGUCGUUUUCCUCUACUGGCUUCCCUGUGUACUGCGGAUGUCGAGGCCCGCCGACAAGGAGGAAAAGGAGACCCAGAAGUCGCAGAAGCCCUCGCCGGUGAUGGGCUCCAGCAAGGCCUACGGUGACCUCGAGCUCCACCAGCGGAGCAGCAAAUCGCUUCUGGCUAACGUCCUCGACCUUGAGGACAACGCGCUCGCCUCUCACAAUAACCUCCUGAACAACGUCUACAGCACGCCAGGCCCCCACCACCCGGGGCAUCCUGCGCACAUGGGGGGCACCAUCGGAUCCAUGGGCUCCAUGGGCUCCAUGGGGUCCAUGGGACACGGGCACAGCCACGGACAUGUCCACACGACGCCUCAUCACCAUCAUCAUCACGCCCACGCGGCACCCCCGAGCUCGACGCCGCAUCAUCAGCAUCCGACACCCUACACCAGUGCCGCUGCCCACCACCAUCAGCAUCCCCAGGACGCGGGGCCUCCCCAAGUCGAGACAAUACUGCAGAGCGCCUGCUUCUGCGCGAGAUACGAGCUUAUUCUCAUUCUCAAGGAAAUGAAGGUAAUAACGGAUCAGCUGAAGAACGACGACUUGGAGAAGAAGGUGAGCAACGAUUGGAAGUUCGCAGCGAUGGUGAUCGACAGGAUGUGCCUAAUAAUAUUUACCCUGUUCACGAUCAUCGCCACCAUCACCGUCCUAUUCUCAGCCCCUCAUAUAAUCGUCACGUGAUUCGGAGGGAUUCACGAUCGUCGUCGGUGUUGGAUAAUAAUAAUAAUAAUUAAAAACGAAACGGAGAUAUCGAAGGAAUAUCGUUACUACUGCCGCUGCUGCGAUUCCACGAAUGAAUAUUACAUCCAUUUGCAAUUAGACCGCGGUAAAUGGAUCGUAAAAUGCCCUGCGCGCCGUAUUUGUUGUACAUGAAUUUUUUACGCUUGACAAAAGUGUCGUUUAUUAUUCGAUUUUAUCUCGCGAUACCCCA